CUUGCAAACAUAUCAGAGAAAUCGAAGAGAGAAAAUGGGAUCAUUAGAAGUUGAGGCAUUAUUAAAAGGCCAAGCAGAAGUAUGGCAAUACAUGCUUGGCUUUGCAGACUCUAUGGCUUUGAAGUCUGCUGUGGAGCUUCGCUUAGCCGAUAUUAUACAUUCCAAUGGUGGCUCAAUCUCUUUGUCCCAAAUAGCCUCAAGUAUUAACUCUCUCUGUCAACCAAAAUAUUCCAUACUUGGGGCAUUCAUGAGAAUGCUUGUCCGCAAAGGAGUUUUCACUGCACACCGUCCAUCAGACGGAGGAGAUACUCUCUACGGGUCGACUCACAUAUCAACAUGGCUUCUACACGACUCGGAGCUCAGUCUUGCUCCAAUGAUACUAAUGGAAAACAAUUUAUGGCAAUUAGCACCGUGGCAUUAUCUUAGCCAAUGUGUCAAAGAAGGUGGAAUUGCUUUCAAAAAGGCACAUGGGUGUGAGAUGUGGGAUUUUGCAUCUCAAAACCCCGAAUUCAACAAGUUGUUCAAUGAUGCCUUGGCAUGCACGGCCAAGAUUGUGAUUAGGGCAUUUUUAUCACGAUAUAAAGAUGGGUUUAAUAAUGUUCGGUCGCUGGUGGACGUGGGUGGUGGCACCGGCGGCGAGCUAGUUGAGAUUUUGAAAGCCUAUCCACACAUUCAAGGUAUAAACUUUGAUUUGCCACAUGUUGUGGCCACAGCUCCCGAGUACGAAGGGGUCUCAAAUGUUGGAGGUAACAUGUUUGAGGCCAUCCCUAAUGCCGACGCCAUUUUCAUGAAGUGGAUACUCCAUGAUUGGAGUGAUGAAGCUUGUGUGAAGAUUCUGAAAAACUGUCGGAAAGCAAUACCGGAAGAAACUGGAAAGGUUGUUUUAGUUGAAAUCGUUCUACAAGAAGAUGGUAACAACAUGUUUGGCGACAUGGACUUGGUAUUCGAUCUACUGAUGUUUGCACACACCACUGGCGGAAAGGAAAGGACUGAACAAGAAUGGAAAAAAUUAUUGGAGGAAGGAGGCUUUCCUCGCUACAAUGUCAUCAACAUCCCAGCUUUACCCUCCAUUAUUGAGGCCUAUCCACAGUGACAUUAAUGAAUAAUUUGUUGAACAAUGUGUCGGAGCCAUUUGUCUGUGAGCAUGGAAGUUCCUUUGGAUCGUUGAGCUUUUCCCACCUAAAUUAAAUAAAUAUUUUCUAAAGUUAUUUAAAAAA